UGCUGAGAACGCCAUCUACUUGUGAGGCUUGUGAGAAAUCUCCUCAAUCGCACAGCACACCCACCGCUUUGGUCCCAGGAUACUCUCAGCUGCCGCAUAGGACGACCUCCUUGGGGGUUUCUCGUCUUCCAGACGAAGACCGCCCCCAGAUCUUUUUCGAGCCACCAUAACCAAGUGGCCACCAUUUCAGACUUCUCGAUCACAGACUCCUCUCCGCAGAGCUGAUUCUCCUGGUAUGGCACCUUCUGCUAUUCUCACUGAAGAAUACACACCGUUUUCGAUUACCAAUCGUCGACUCUUCAACUCCAAGGAUGUUGUGGCCGAUGCUCGUCGUCACAAUGCUCAUCAUGCCAAGCAGCUGAUCGGAGACGCUCUUCGGGACCGGGUCAGCUCCAUUGACGGAGACAUCUGCGAUGUGGGCGACGAGGACACAUUCUUUGUAGCUGAUAUGGGAGAGGUCUACCGCCAGCAUAUGCGAUGGAAACUGAAUCUACCAAGGGUCAAGCCUCACUACGCCGUCAAGUGUAACCCAGACCCAAUGGUCCUACGUCUCCUUGCAGAGAUGGGUACCGGCUUCGACUGCGCGUCCAAGGCUGAAAUCGAGCAGGUCUUGAAGAUGGGUGUUGACCCAUCUCGCGUCAUCUAUGCCCAACCUUGCAAGACCAAGUCAUAUGUGCGAUACGCUGCGCAGAAUAAUGUCAAUCAAAUGACGUUUGAUAACGCAGAUGAAUUACAUAAAAUCAAGCAGCUCUUCCCGGAGGCCGAGCUGUAUCUCCGUAUUGCUACCGAUGAUUCAGCCAGUUUGUGCCGGCUCAGCUUGAAGUUCGGCGCCACUCUGGACUCUGCAAACGAGCUUUUGCAACUUGCAAAAGGUCUAGACCUCAAAGUCGUUGGCGUCGCGUUUCACGUGGGAUCUGGGGCUUCUGACCCUAACGCCUUUCUCAAGGCUGUUACAGAUGCACGCUGGGUCUUUGACCAAGCCGAGGGUCACGGUUUCAACAUGCACACUCUUGAUGUUGGCGGUGGCUUUGUCGGUGAGACAUUCGAGGCCAUGGCUGCUGUGCUUUCGGGUGCACUCGACGCGUACUUCCCUCAACACGUUCGCAUCAUCGGCGAGCCUGGUCGAUACUACGUGUCGGACGCUUUCACCAUUGCGACACACGUCAUCGCGCGCCGUACAGUCAGCGAUAAGUCCCUUGACUCCAACUCCUACAUGCUCUACCUUAACGACGGGGUAUAUGGGAACUUCUCCAGUAUCAUCUUUGAUCACCAGCAUCCAGUUCCAAAGAUCUUGAAGAACGGCAAUGUCUUCAAGCACGAGAGCACAGCAGGCAACGACGGUGUUGCACUGACUGAAUACUCCAUUUGGGGCCCCACUUGCGACGGCAUUGAUUGCAUAACAUCCUCUUGCACUUUUCCGGAAGUGAUUAACGUCGGUGACUGGCUCUACUUUGAAAGCAUGGGUGCCUACACUAAAUGUUCAGCUACACGCUUCAACGGUUUCACGGACAAGCAUGAUUGCAUCUACGUGUCCAGCGAGCCUGGUGCGAGCGCACUUCUCGACCUGUAAAUACCAUAGAAAACG